AUACAGGUGUUUUCCGUUAGCUUGAUGUAAUCGAAAAAUUCUCUAUAAAAUCAGUGACCUAACAUUCAUUCAAAUAAAGCCCCUUUGGUGUUUGUAGAAACCCUGAAGUUACCACCAUGAGAGCCGGUUUAGAUAACUGGAUUGACAUCACCGUCUUGGUUUUGUACUUUGUGUUCGUCUUCGCUGUCGGGGUUCUGUCUUUAUGGAGACGAGAACGGAAAACGACCAAGGGUUACUUUUUGGCGGGAAGAUCCAUGCUUUGGUUCCCGAUCGGCGCAUCCUUGUUUGCGAGCAAUAUUGGGUCAGAACACUUCAUUGGCUUGGCCGGAAGUGGAGCUUCUAGUGGAAUCGCUGCAGUGACAUUUGAAUGGGGGGCUGUGUUUUGCUUGUUGAUGCUUGGAUGGGGGUUCCUUCCGGUUUAUCUGACUUCAGAGGUUUACACAAUCCCAGAAUUUCUGAAGAGACGUUUUGGCGGGAAAAGAUUAAGAAUUUAUCACAGCCUGAUACUUCAACUGUCUUAUGUUGUUACCAAAAUAUCAGUUGACGUGUACGCUGGUGCUGUGUUUAUCCAACAGGCCGUGGGAUGGAACACCUAUCUGUCUAUCCUUAUUUUACUGGCUGUUACUGCUCUCUACACUAUCUUGGGCGGACUGGCUGCUGUGAUAUUUACAGACACAUUACAGACCAUCAUCAUGGUUGUCGGAGCUACAGCUUUGGCCAUAAUGAGUUUUAUAAAGGUUGGUGGAAUGUCUGCAUUGAUGUACAAGUACUUUGAGGCUAUUCCGUACAGCGGACUUUCUCCCCAGUCACUGGAUACUAACUCGUCUUUGAAUGGCAACUUUAAUUUGACGUACGACAUGUCAUCUAAUGUAAGUCUACAGUGUGGCUUGCCUCGCUCUGAUGCCUUCCAUAUAUUCCGGGACCCUCUUAACUCGGAUCUACCUUGGCCCGGUGUGAUGAUACGCACGACUCUGAUUAGUACCUGGUUCUGGUGCUGUGACCAGCUGAUCGUCCAGAGAACUUUAGCGGCCAAAAACAUAGCUCAUGCUAGAGCUGCCACCAUUUUUGCCUCCUAUCUGAAGUUUUUACCGAUGUUUGUUAUCAUUCUUCCAGGGAUGAUAAGCAGAAUAUUGUUUCCAGACACUGUAGCAUGCGUAGAUCCCAAUAUAUGCAAGGAAGUGUGCGACAACGCGGCAGGCUGUUCUAACAUUGCCUAUCCUCAACUGAUCCUAGACCUGGCCCCAACAGGCAUGCGCGGACUGAUGAUGGCGGUAAUGAUCGCCGCCUUGAUGAGUUCUCUGACGUCAAUCUUCAACAGUGCCGCCACUCUGUUUACCUUAGACCUCUGGGCACGUUUCCGGAAUCAAGCAACAGAGCGGGAACUUCUCAUCGUGGGAAAGGUUUUCGUGGUGGUAUUAGUUGGUGUCAGCGUUCUCUGGAUUCCUUUAAUUCAAGCAGCACAAGGGGGACAACUCUAUUUCACAAUACAAGCCUUAACAGGAUACCUAGCACCUCCGAUUGGAGGGAUUUUCCUGCUAUCUUUAUUUGUUCCUAGAGUCAACGAACAAGGUGCGUUUUGGGGUAUGCUGAUUGGUCACGUGAUAGGUGUUACACGUAUGAUCCUGGACUUUGUAUACCCCUCACCUAAAUGUGGAGAAGAGGACACUCGCCCUAGUGUGGUUGCCGAUAUCCAUUUCACUUAUUUCUCCGUCCUCCUGCUGGGUCUGUCCUGGGCAGUAUGUCUCACCGUAAGUCUGCUAACCAAGGCGCCGCCAAGGAAAGCGUUAAAAGGCUUGACAUUUUGGACAACCGAGAAAAUAGGACCCAGACCAAAUGAAGAUAACUGCGUAACAAGGACAUUUCUCGAAAAUUCAGAACGUGUGAAAAUCGAAGAAACGGAGUUUGACAUUCAAGGGGAGACAAACGACGAUUUCAAGAAUGGAAAGAUUAAAACCUCUGCGGGGAACACGGACGGGCCCGGAUUACUGUUCAGAAGAAAGUUAUAUAUGGAAAGGAAAACGAACAUCGUCUUGAACAUUAAUGCCGUGAUUUUGAUAGCAGUAUUUGUGUUUCUCUAUGCUUAUUUCGCGUAGAAUACAACAUAAAAGCAGAGCCAAUGCUAUUUAAGCACUACUUUCUUUAAAGAUUGUAGAUCUUAAUUUCAAACAAUAUUUCGAAAGUACUCGAACAAUAAUCGCAUGUAUUAUAUAUCUGAUAAUUUGUUAGUGUCAAGAUAUUCCUUAAAUCCACAGAAGAGUACAACACCUGGA